AGCUGCUGCUCCUAUAGCAACCUCUAUUUCCUCUUUCAUAUCUAGAAGGGAGCUCUCUCUGCUGUGCCUGCUGCAAUCCAGAUCUCCAAACCAGGGAAACAAAACGGGCAGCAGCAAAUGGAAGCACGUUGGAAUAUGCUGUGAGUCAGAGGUGCUGACUUUGAAAGCUCAGACUGGCCGCAGUGAACUAAAACCUGGUCACCGGACAUCACACCUGUUCCCUCUGAGGUCUGCUUCCUGUGUUGACCAUGCCUAGGUGGAGCUGCCUGGUGACAGGAGCAGGAGGGUUUCUGGGCCAGAGAGUCGUCCGCAUGUUGACUCAGGAGAAAGAGCUGCAGGAGAUCAGGGUCUUGUACAGGUCCUUCACUCCAAAACACAGGGAGGAGCUAUCCAAGCUGCAGACAAAAGCCAAGGUGACCGUGCUGAAGGGAGACAUUCUGGAUGCCCAGUGCCUACGGAGAGCCUGCCAGGGCAUCUCUGUUGUCAUUCAUACCGCGGCUGCCGUUGACGUCUUGGGUGUCAUUCCCAGACAGACCAUCGUGGAUAUCAAUCUGAAAGGUACUCAGCUCCUGUUGGAUGCUUGUGUGGAAGCCAGUGUUCCAGUCUUCAUCUACAGCAGCUCAAUGUCCGUGGCUGGACCAAACUCCUACAAGGAGAUCAUCCGGAAUGCCUGCGAGGAAGAGAAUCACGAAAGCAAGUGGUCUGAUCCAUAUCCAUACAGCAAGAAGAUAGCUGAGAAGGCAGUGCUGGCAGCCAAUGGGUGCACCCUGAAAGAUGGCGGCACUUUACAUACUUGUGCCUUAAGACUCCCAUUCAUCUAUGGAGAAGGAAGCCAAACAGUUUUGGGCUUAAUGAAUAGAGCACUCGAAAACAAUGGCGUUAUUUGGCAUAUUUCCAAAUUCUCUGUGGCAAACUCAGUGUAUGUGAGCAAUGGGGCCUGGGCACAUGUUCUGGCUGCCAGGGGCCUACGAGACCCCAAGAAGUCACCAAACAUCCAAGGACAGUUCUACUACAUCUCAGAUGACACUCCUCACCAAAGCUAUGAUGAUUUAUAUUACAAUCUGAGCAAGGAUUGGGGCCUCCGCCUCUAUUCUGGUUGGAGCCCUCCCCUGCCCCUGCUGUACUGGCUUGCCUUCCUGCUAGAAGUAGUGAGCUUCCUGCUGCGUCCAGUCUAUACAUACCAGCCUCCCUUCACCCGCUAUGUGGUCACACUGUUAAAUAGUGUGUUCACCUUCUCCUACAAGAAAGCUCAGCGAGAUCUGGGCUAUGAGCCACCUGUCAGCUGGGAGGAAGCCAGGGAGAAAACUUCGGAGUGGAUUGGGUCACUAGUGGAGCAGCACAAGGGGACACAGAACACAAAGACUCAGUGACGUGACGGUGGCAGGGACAUGACCCUGGUGCCAUCAGAUCCUCAAGAAUAGGUCUAAGACACAACCCAACUCUUUCACUUCCCCUUGAUAUACUGGCCAACUUGUCUUCAGGUCACCAGAAGCCUUGCCAGCCUCUGGUCCAGCCACAACCUUCUGCCCAGCAAAACGGAAGCUGCGCCUCAGCUGCUACAACCAAAGGCUCAGUUGUUGGCGCUGAACUGCCUGGAGCCUUUUGUAACUUAGAAUUCCGUCAGUGUUUCCACUUGCCCUCUCAGAGACCCACAGCAUUUCUUGUCUGGGAAGAUUUCCAUGGCUUCAUAAAACUUGUGGUAAAGAACAAUAAAAAUAUUAAUGCCUAAUCUGCAAAA